CCCUCUGCUAGCCAUUGUGCCAUUGAAUCCCGUCGCCCUUGUUCCAUUCUGUGGUUCAACGUCGCCAGAUGGACACACUCGGUAGCCAAGCCGCCAUCAAUAGCAUAUCCAGGUGGGAGUCACCACCCCAUCCAUGUCAUGAUUCACCCCCUGCGCAAAAUUCAUCACACUCGCACGCCCUUUUCCACCCUGUGGCAUGACACCCGCCGGAAAAGCUGCACCGCAACCGCUACCGCUGAGCACGUUGCUGUCCUCUGUGUCGGCCUUCGCCCACUGCCUGCGCUGCUGCUCCACUUGCUGGAGCUCCAGACUCUUCUACACGGCCUUCUGCAAUUACCAUUACUUCACCCGCCCCAUUUUUCCCUUCACCGAUGUCUCGGGCGCUCCCGAUCCGGCCAUGCUAUCCAGCUGCAUUCUUGUUGCCCUGGCUCGCCGUCCACAUUCUGCUCCCCGACAACAUCUCAUCCUCACCAUGUCUCGCCUGAGUUCUCUCAUCCUCACUCUUCGCAUCUACCCAUUCAGCAGGUUGUGCGCGACACCACUAUUUUGGUCGACUACUCAAAUCCGCGUUUGCUGGUGUACAGUGUUUGGUCUUCCCGAGACCCAAAAAGGGGGGGCAGCAUACUUCAGCCCUAUACAAGAUCCAUUUGCAUCCCAUCUUGCUUUCCUCACCCUCUCUCCCCCGCUAGACUUGCUAACCAAGUGGCCGCUUCACCAUCCAUAUCCUGCUUUCAGCUUCAAAUUUCCACCAUCAUGUGUAAACCUUGUAGCCCCUGACAGAAUCCAUUGUUCCGCGUGACCUUCUGCUGCCCACUGUCAAUUGUUUCUUCUCCCGCACACUAUCGUUUCUAUUUUUCGUCUUGAUAUGCAGGGUCUCUGGCUUCCACCGCCACCCGCUCCCUCAACCCUUUCUUCUGUCAUUUCGUGCCAUAAUAGCGUUUGUAUACGGUCCGACAGCUUACGAGCCAUCGGCAUUCCACGUUUUCAAGAUGCACUAGGCCGGAACCUGGAAUCCAUCUACGCCACAUUCAUUGAUUGCCUCAUGUUUGAAAU